UUACUAAUCGAUAAUCGCCCAGACCAUUGGGUUAGCCAUUCGUCUCCUGGAGCUCCAGGAGACAUCGUUUCAGUUCACUCAGCACUUCCGCCCGAUCUAAAGAAAUCUGAAGGAAAAAACAAGCUAUUUCGAGCACCUGACUGUUAUCAGAAGUAGAUAUGGCGAUGUGGGUAUUCGGAUACGGGUCACUGAUAUGGAAACCGGGUUUCCACUACGAUGACUGCCUUGUGGGUUUCAUUAAACGCUACCGUCGCGUCUUCUACCAAGGCAGUACUGACCACAGAGGAACUCCGGAAUUCCCGGGCCGGACAGUGACGUUGGAGCCUGCAGAUGGGGAGAUAUGCUGGGGUAUUGCUUACAAGAUAACUAAAGAGGAGGAUCAAGAACUAGCGAUAACGUAUCUCGAAGUGAGGGAAAAGCAGUAUGACAAGAAGGCCUAUCUGGAUGUUUUCACUGAGCUAACGGCUUCCACUCCAGCCAUUUCAAAUGUACUGGUGUAUGUAGCUUCUCAAGACAAUAAAAUCAACACCAACUACUUGGGACCUGCGCCGCUUGAUGAAAUUGCCAGACAAAUUGUUCUUGCUGAAGGGCCUUCUGGACCUAACAGAGAUUACCUUUUUCAACUUGAGAAAGCACUUGGUCUGUUAGGAUGUGAAGAUAAGCAUGUCACUGAUCUCUCAAAGGAGGUGCGGCGCAUCCUUGCAGAGGCCAUCUAAUCGCUCCUGACCCCAGUUAUCGUUUCGCCUUUUGUCAUCACUUGGUCUGCAUUUCCUUAAGGUCUAUUUUGAUGUAGCCAUGGAAGGGUUUGAAGUGAAAGGUUUGAGGGGCUGAGUCCAUUCUUCAUAUAUAUUUUGCAUUUAGAUACAAUUAAAGAGUACAUACUACAUCGUAUGUAAUCAUACAUAAUUUCCCCGUAUAAACUACGCCCUCCAAAGCGUUCAUCCAUAAUUGCCGUUUAGAGAUGCAUAUGUUAUUCCUGACAUUUCUGCUUGAAAGUAGAAUGCAUUCAUAUGUGGUGCUAUGAAACAAUGUUACAUCUUAAUUUCUAGUAAAACUUUAUGCUAUAUUAUAAUAAGUGACGAGGAGAGAAUGAAUCAAUAUAUAUAUGAUCUCUUU